CAUGCACAUAUCAGCGAGACACCCCUCGAAGCUUUGAACUGAUGAAGGAGAUUGAGCCGGGCGCUCUGUAUAAUAUCCCACAAACCACUCGUACGGCAAAACCUGGGGAUUUAGAGUGUAGAGCAGUAGAACGUGAAGACGAGAAGACCAAGGAGACGAGACGCGAGAAAGAUGGCGGAGGGGCCCACCCGCCAACUCUCUCUACGCCCUGAAUCACCGAUGAAAUGAAGAGUUGCUAAAAUAUGAUGGGCAUAGAGGCUCUAGUCUUCGCUUCAUUGCUUUUUAUGUGGCUUUUACCCUUCUCAGAUGGCUUUGCUGCUAGUAUUGUGGCUUCCCCCAUCACUGAAGUUCGCCUUGUGGGGGGUCGCUCAUCAAUGCGAGAAGGCCGCGUGGAAGUUCUACACCAGGGAGUCUGGGGCACAGUAUGUGAUGAUUCAUGGGACCUGAACGACGCCAAAGUGGUGUGUAGAAUGCUGGGAUAUGUCGCAGAACGGGCCGUAGGAUCAGCCCAUUUUGGUCAGGGAUCUGGUCAGAUCUGGAUGGACGAGGUUCGAUGCACUGGUAGAGAAAGGGACAUAUUUCAGUGUCUAUUCAAUGGAUGGGGUUCACACAACUGUGGUCAUCACAAAGACGCAGGGGUCAUUUGUCAAAAAGAUCAUUCAGUGCGUCUGGUAGGGGGCUCAUCAUCGCUAGAAGGCCGCGUGGAAAUAUUUUAUCAAGGAGUCUGGGGCACAGUAUGCGAUGACUUUUGGGACCUGAACGACGCCAAAGUGGUGUGUGGAAUGCUGGGAUAUACCGCAGGACAGGCCGUAGGAUCAGCUCACUUCGGUCAGGGAUCAGAUCCUAUCUGGAUGGACGAUGUCCGAUGCACUGGUAGAGAAAGGGACAUAUUUCAGUGUCUAUUCAAUGGAUGGGGCGCACACAACUGUGGUCAUCACGAAGACGCAGGGGUCAUUUGUCAAUAUGUGCGUUUGAUGGGAGGAGGAUCGCCCCAAGCUGGUCGCGUGGAAAUUCUUCAUCAAGGAGCCUGGGGCACAGUAUGCGAUGACUCAUGGGACAUGAAUGACGCCAAAGUUGUUUGUGGAAUGCUGGGAUAUGUCGCAGUACGGGCCGUAGGAUCAGCCCAUUUUGGUCAGGGAUCUGGUCAGAUCUGGAUGGACGGGGUCCGGUGCACUGGUUCAGAGAACGAUAUAUCUCAGUGUCCAUUCAACGGUUGGGGCUCACAUGACUGCAGUCAUGGCGAAGACGCCGGGGUCAUUUGUCAAUAUGAUCUAUUGCUCAAUGAGAGUACAAGCACAACGUUCACUUGCACUGUGACAGGCCAGUCGGGAGCUUUCUCUUAUUCCUGGGCGCGAAAUGGAUCACCUUUUUCUCUCCCGGCAAAUAUCCACCUUCAAAACGGUGGUCGGGACCUGGUUUUCGCACCUGUAAAGAGAACUGAUCAAGGAUUUUACACGUGCACCGCGAGUCAAAACGCCGUUACCAAGAUCUCGCCAGGUGUUUCACUUACUAUUAACUUCCCCCCGGAUACAAAGGUCUUUCCUGUAAUGGCGAAUCAAGGAAAUAGUGCAACUUUGAGGUGUACCGUGGUCAGCGGUCGACCUCCAGCCAGUUCGUUCACGUGGAUGAAAGACGGCUUAUUAUUUGACUCCGCGACACGCCCAUGUGUCAGCACAACCAAUGGCGGACGAUACUUGGUGUUCUCAUCUCUGAGAAGGACGGAUCAGGGCAUGUAUUCCUGCGUUGCACUAAACAGUGUGGGAAUAGGAAGAUUUAUCGCUGCCAAGAUGACUGUAAACUAUCCCCCUGAAGUCUCUCUUCAAUCAAUCGUUGCAAGCGAAGGGGGGCUAGCAACGCUGAGGUGUUCCGUGAUAAGAAGUCAGCCCCCAGUUCUCUCAUACACAUGGCGUAAAGAUGGCGUGACGUUCAACCCAGCUACACACCCUAAUGUGAGCGUGACUCACGGAGGAAGAGAUCUCUUGUUUGCGCCUGUAUACCGAACUGACCAGGGCAGCUACACGUGUGAAGCGAGCAACAGUGUCGGUAAUGGGACUUCGCAAGCUUCUCGGAUGACCAUUCACUACCCCUCUGUUACCAGCGUUUCUCCACUGGUAGCAAAAGAAGGAGAUAAUGCAACCUUGAAGUGUAGCGUGCUGGUCAGCGGUAGACCUCCAGCCACUUCUUUUACGUGGAUUAAAGAAAGCCAAUCUUUUGACCCUGCGACACGCCCAAGUGUUAGCACAGCGAAUGGUGGACGGGACUUAGUGUUCUCGCCUGUGGCUAGGAGGGACCAGGGAAUGUAUUCCUGCGUUGCACUAAACAGCGCGGGAAUAGGAAGAGCCUCCUCUGCAAAGUUGAUCGUGAACUUCGAGCCUUCCGUCACGGUCACGCCACUUACAGUUACAGAGGGCUCCAAUGUGACGCUCGUGUGUCGGACAGUAAGUCAGCCGGAAAUUGAUCGUUACAACUGGCUAAAGGACGGUUCCGUUUUCAACACGUCUGCCGGUUCUCAAGUGACUCAGGAAAGAAAUGGGAAACUCUUAGCAUUCAUUGGCGUGCAACGGAGUGAUCAAGGGAAUUACACUUGCAUUGCUCACAACGCCAUCGGCGGCGGGUCAUCAACUGCUGCACUGAUUAUCAAUUAUCGCCCUACAGUUAUGGUUACUGCACAAGCAAGUGCUAAUGAGGGGGAAGGCUUAACGCUAAGAUGUACAGUGGAAGGUAGUCAGCCCUCAGUCAGCUCGUACACCUGGCUAAAAGAUGGCGCCGAAAUCAAUCUAGCGACACACCCAAGAGUGCGCGCAGAACGUGGUGGACGUUACUUGGUAUUUGCGCCUGUGGGACGAGCCGAUCAGGGCAACUAUACAUGUGAAGCGACCAACAUCGUCGGUAGUGGAUUUUCGCCACCUGCCCAGCUGAUAGUCCAUUACAAACCAGAGCACAUAUCCCUGAAGUUAACCGUGACCGCCUGCCUCUACGACAGCGCUGUGUUGGCAUGCAACUCAGUGGCCAAGCCUGCACCACAGGGAUACCGUAUCUACAGGAACGAUUCCUUGCUAGUCACCAGCCCUUUCCCCACCCACACUGUGCGACUGACGUCACUAGGUCACGUGGUGUACAAGUGCGUACCUUACAACGUCGUUGGUGAUGGAGAGACUGCUACAACUGUCGUAACGGUGAAAGAUUGCAGCAGUCCCACCACGAACAUGUCUGGUCCAGUGAAAAGUCUGGUUGGUGAUGAGACAAAGCAAAGUGAUACUUUCCAGAACCUGUUCCUGGUCUCGGUACCAGUGCUCUUCGUUGUCAUACUUCUUCUUAUCGCUAUCACGUGCUGGACAAGGCGCAAAGAGAUGACAAAAGCUCAAAAAAGGGAUGACCAAGCAAACGCGGACGCUGACCCGACGACACAAGAACAGGAGAGGAAUCAACCGCUCGCCUUGCACACUUUGGGGGGAGUUAUAAACGCCAGCUACGCAAGCCAUGAAGGAAACACAGAAGAACCAGUAUACGACGAGGUCGGCUCACGCAGUGCAAGGUGUGUCUUAUACGCCUCGCAGGAUGCCGACCAAUCAAAUGAUAGAUACGCAUCUUUGAGCAGGCCCCAGGGCCAGACAGGACCAGGAGAAGCUUUGUAUGAGAACAUACAGCAGUAUGAGCAACUUGACAUUGGAAGCCUCGAGUCGCACUACGCAAAACUUGAUACCAGUACUAUGGCGUGAAGUGUAGAGCAACAAAGGUACGUCGUUUGUUGACGCUUAUCGAAACCAGUACUAUGGAGUGAAACUGAGAGUACAGCGACGAAGCGUAGAGCGAUUAAGCUUAGUCUACUCUAUGCUUACGCGUAUGGAUACCGUUAUACGCUAUGGAGUCAAACUGAACGUAGAGCGAUAAAGUUAGUCCAAACUAUGUUUACUCAUGUCAAUACCACUAUCAUUGCUUGAUAGUGAAGGCUCGGUUCACACGUCGUGUCAAUGACUUUAAAAUGUACAGAACAUAGGAGAAACACGAGCCUUUAGCAUACUUUGCGCACCAUUACUAGUGGCGAUCCUUUUUGUAAUAAGAUAUAAACCCAUGUCAAAUAACA